UACAGGGCACAGGACAACGCUGAGGCAACAGAAAUAAACAGAAGAGCUGAGUUGAUCCUCCACAUGUUUGUAACCUGAUCUGGAAAACCAAAAACAAAAGUGUGAUUACUUAACUUCAAUUUUGCUCCAUGGAUUAUUUUGUUCAAAACUACUACGUUUAAAAGUCAAUGGUAGUACAAUGUUCUCCUUUAUCAGGUCGCUCAUUCCCACUUCCUACUUCCUGCCGGCUUGGUUGACUCUUGAUAUAAAUCCAGUGGAUAGUUUGCUUCAAGGACUGGUAGCUGCAUGUGGGAUCUCUGUUCUUUGCUCCUUCAUAAGACUGCACUUAUUUCUAGAAGAAGAGAGUUGCAUUGAUAAAAAUGAUAAAGAAACUAUCAAGAGGACACCGAGCCAUCAAAGCAAAACUAAACCUGGACUUUUUGGGAUGCUCCACUUCCUGUUUGUGACUGGGAUGCUGGCUGUGGUGGGCUCUCGUGUUGCCUCCCUUGUGGUACUGGAGUUUUGUCUUCGAGCUGUGUCUGGACUGUUUACAGCGGGGCCGGAGUCUAGUAAAUUUGUGCAGCAGCUGCUCGUGCAGAGCCAGUUCCCUCUUGGCUGUGCCCUGACAUGCAGUUUGCACUUUCUACACGAGGGGGCGCCGCAGCGCUGGUUGUGUCUGCUGCUGGCGGCUGCAUUCAGCUGGUUUCUGUCCCUGCAGGCCACCCGGCUGCUGCAGCAUGUCACGGCUCUGUAUAAACUGCACAGCUCACAGCGCUACUGCGGCAUCUGCAUUGGCCUCCUCUCAUCCGGCCGCUGUGUGUUGCCCAUGCUGUGCAGGGCCAUGAUCAUCACCUUCUCUGUGGCUGUGGUGGCCGCCAUAUUCAUCAUCAAUCAACAAUUCCUGUCUGCAACUGAGGCCCUCAGGUUCUGGACACCUCUCACUAUCUGCUACACACUGCUGGUUGUGUACAUGCAGGAGGAGCAGCACCGGCUGCCCGGCAGCCAGGCUGUCCUGAACACAGUGGUGGUGCGUCUCGGUGGUUUGAUGGUCCUGAUGCUGACUGUUGGACGUUGGGCUGACGUGCUCCACAUCAUAAUGUGUUUCCUGGGUGAGGCCGGCUGUCUAAUCCCCACCAUGGAUCUGCUGGAUGCUGCAUCCUCGCAGGAGGAAGAGGAUUACAGAGAAUAUGUGAAAAGAGAGCAUCGACGAAGACCAAAGGCCCAGGAGAAAGAACAUCAGAGAUAGAGAUUUAGAAAAUGUUACUUGUUUUUUUGAAGUACUAAUACUGCUGCAUCCUCAAUUCAUUAUUUUGUAUUUAAAUGUAAUAUUUUUUUCAUUAAAAAGUCCAAGUAGCAUAUUAGUUACUUGUAAAUUCAAAUUCUUAAAAAAAAAAACGUGCCUUUAUAUUUAAAAUAUUAAUAACACCAACAGUGUCAUCUUCCUCACAACUUUCUUAUCAUGCAUAUUUUCCACCUACGCUGUCUACUGUUCUCUUAUAAGUGUGAUUUCUUUUAUGACUCAUAGUUCAUCAACACUGCCUCAGGUGACAAACCUGCAGUUAUGGGUGAUUUCAGAGGAGUAUUUGUGACGUCUUUGAUUAAUUAAUGCUGCAAUCUUGGAGAGAUGCUGCUCUAGAUACUCCCAGGAGAGUCAUUGUUCCAAAUGUUUCUGUAGCCAGGGGCCGUUGUAACCCUUUACACGGCCUAUUGAUAAAUAUAAGGCAAAAAUAAGCCAGUUUUACUUGCUGUAAUGUUAAAAUAAUCAAGCCUAGCUAAGCAAACUAGCUGACUGUCAUUGCUUCGCAAAUUGGUAUGAUUCGGGCAGGUUUAAGAAUGCAUGUUAUUUGCCUUUAAUUUGUUACAAAUGGAAUAAAAGUGUUUCCAACUACCUUGAAAUUUAACGGACACACAAAUAGCUAUAUUCGACGGAACUAAAUGUGCAAACAUAAUAUUAUACAGAAUGCAGGCUACGUCACACGGCCUUAUUAUGAAUUUCAAUGGGGUUAAAUUGUUAUCACACAGCUCACACAAGAUGUGAACUAACA